AGCCGCCGUACCGGAUUAAGUCUCACUGCGCAAGCGUGUGGCGGUAGCAUCAAGUAGCUUCUCCGUCAGCUUGUUUUUAAACUAUGUCAGAAAAGGGAGAAGUCGAUUUAACGGGAGCAAAGCAAAACACCGGGGUGUGGCUCGUAAAGGUGCCUAAAUAUCUAUCACAACAAUGGGCAAAAGCCACUGGCAGGGGGGAUGUCGGCAAACUUCGCAUCUGCAAGAAAGGAAAUCAGGGAAAACCUGAAGUUUCUUUCACAUUGAAUGAAGAAUUAACUGUAAUUGAAGGCUUAGAGGGCAAGACUGUGUCUGCGCCUCGUGAGCAUCCCUUCACAAUGCAGAUGGUGGGAGGUCAAACACUGGCGGUCUUCACUGAAAAUUCAUCUGGCCAGUCAGAAGAGAGAUCUGAUGGCAGCAGCUCAGGUUCGGGGGCAGGGGCAGGUCCAGAUAAGAUAGCCUUGGAGGGGCUGGUGGUGCAGAGAGCAGAGUGCAGACCAGCUGUCAACGAAAACUACAUGAAGCUGAAAAGGUUAAAAAUCGAAGAUUCUGCCAAGCCACUUCGGCUCUCCCAACAGCUGGAUAAAGCUGUUACUAACAACUACAGACCGGUGGCCAACCAUGCAAACAAUCUUGAGUAUGAGAAAAGGAAGAAAGAAGAGGGAAAGAGAGCGAGAGCCGAAAAACAGCAGGUGUUGGACAUGUUGUUUUCUGCUUUUGAGAAGCAUCAGUUCUACAACAUCCGGGACCUGGUGGAGAUCACCAAGCAACCCGUGAAUUACCUGAAGGAAAUUUUGCGUGACAUCGGCAAUUACAACGUGAAGGGGACCCACAAGAACACGUGGGAGCUCAAACCAGAGUACAGGCAUUAUCAAGGAGAAGAGAAAACGGAUGACUACAACGAUUCAUAACUUCUUCUCCAGUGGACUGAUUUUCUCCCUUCCUCUGAGUUCAACAGAUUUUAAGGAUGAAUGUGGUUGUUGUUGUGGAUGAUUUGCUCCAAUUAAUGUCAUCGUCAUACAGAGAGAUGUUUCUCUGUCCAGUUUGGUUUUCUUCAUUGUAUCUGUGAUUGAUGGAGGCCACUGUGUUUUUAUUCAUUCAAUUGAUCUGUCAUUAUCACUGUAAUGUUUGAUCUUUUAUGUGAUGCAAAGUGGAUUUUAGAGUGUUUGGAUUUUGAAGUUCUUGGUAAAUAAAUAAAUAAAUAAUUUGUACAUUGUCCUGAUGAUAAAUCUGCUCUGGUCU